UGUUUGACUAUAGAAUAACAAAAUGAAGCCCUUUCCCUCUGUUUUCAAACAUAAUUGGAGGUAUGGUCUCCCGAUUUAUUCUUUUACAGAUGUGAAUUACACAAUGUAGCAGCAUUAACCAAAUAUUGGCGUUUACAGCUUUGGGAAAUGAUGUUGAGGAGACAAUUCUCCCCGGAUAUAAAUCUCGAUUCCUUUUGACUACCCAUGUUAGAUUUUUGUCGGAAAAGUAAACUACCUAUGAAUGGAUCAUAAAGCAGUGAAAUGGAUCAUAUAGCAAUGAAGGAAAUUCAACAUUUUUUUGUUGUUAUUCAAAUACUGUGUAGGAAGAGUACCUUUGCUGGAACCAAAUAUAAAGUGGGAAAACUAGAAAUUUUAUUUUAGGUUAUCCCUGUUGAAACUCGUAAGAGACCGAUAACAAAACAAUUCGAUUUAAAUAACGAUACUGGCAUUCAUACAUAUCCAUACAUAUGUAUAUAUGUAUAUGUUUAUAAAAAAAAAAAAAAACGCAUUAAAUAUUUCAAUUUUAACAACCCAUUUCUAAGCUGUCAAUCACUUAGACGAAAAAUAAAAAUUCUAUAUAUUUUCAUAUUAUUAUAAAUAAAUUAUAAUAAAAAAAUCGCAAAAUAUUAAAAGCACAAAAUUCAAAAAUUCUUGUAAAUGAAAUGAAUCAGGAUAACAAACUCGGAGGAAAUGAAGGUGGUAUUUGCUGCACACCGGCGUGUCCCCCCCGCGAACGCCAACCGAUACCAUCAAUCGCUAAACCAUUUGAAGCACCUUGUACUUCGACCUGUCUUUGCGUGCCUAAAAUGUGUAGUAUUUUCGGUGGACACGACUAUAAUGCGCCCGGACCUGACCCCACGGCUUGCAGUCCACGCAAGUCAAAAAUUACAAAUGUUAAUACCUUGGGUGCACCGAUCGGUGUCUUGCAAGCUACAAUUGCAACGAAAUCCAACACACCCGAUGUGCACCCUCAUCGUUUUGCCACGACAUUAGUGGCAUUUAUGAAAGUAUAUACAACACCGGAAAGCCAGUGGACUGAAGAAACUCUGGAUGGUCUCCUAAAAGAAGGUCAAGCUUUGUUGGUUAAACCAGCUGAUCCCGAGUAUAAUGUUGACUCUCCAUUGCAUAUCUAUUCACCAUUGGAGGCGAAGGUAAAGCGUUGGCAUAAGGUGGAUGACAUCGCUUUCCAAGUAGAGUUGGGUGAGAAGUACUAUUUUAGCCCACCGGUCGGUCCAGAAGAGGGUCCCCCACCCGAUAUGACAAUGGAUAAAUUUAGAGUAGCUAUGAAAAAAUUUUUUUCGAAGCAUCGAUUUUGUCUCAUCAAGGUUGCUGGCACUUAUAAAAUGGUAUGGCGCUCGCGAGGUGUUUAUUUCGUCCUGGAUUUGUAUGGUCGUAAGCCAGAAGAUUUAGAAACGGACAAAGAAAAUGGCAGAGCAAUGUUGAUCUGUCUUAAAGCAUUGGAUAAUGUGAUACAUUUGAUAAAUAAUUUGUCCGGCAUACAACCCACGGAUCCUUUCAAUUUGCGCGAAAUGAAGGUGGUGAAAAUGACCGGUACCGACGGUAAGACUAUGAGCCGUGAUUUCGGUAAGCGUGAACAUCAAUAUCAGGUCAUUAGCGACGACUAUGCCGUGUUGAAGGGGGAGACACAUCUCUUACGCAACAGUCCCGAUCCGAUACGCACGCGUAGUGCGCUACCGGUAGGCGUGGCAGCUUUAUUGGCGGCCAAGAUUGAUCAUCCAGCAACAUGGAACGAGAGAAUGGUAGAAAAGAUCAUUUGCUAUGGCGUAAACGUGUGCGUAUGCUGUUGGGAGCAAUGUGUGAAAGCAAAAGAACCGAUCGAUAUCGAAAGAUUUCCAAAUCGUCUUAAGAUUGCACAGUUCAAAGCUAGAUACACGCUCACACCGCGUAAGUUCACUGGCACUUGGAAAUGUGUGCCGAACUUCAAGCAAACCGAACUGGAAGCUGCUCUGAUUAGUAGUUUCGACGCUGGAGACAAUAAUUUGCUGGUGCAAAUCGAUCAAAAUAUUUAUGCUAUAUUCAAAAAGAAUAACUUCUUUUACUUGUUCGAUCCCUACCGUCAUCGCAUUGAAGGCCUGCCCGUGGAGGAAGAUAAAAAGGAAGUAGAAGUGAAAAGAAAUGCAACUUUAAGAAUGUUUCGCUCAUUAGAGAUGCUUUUAAAUGUGUUUACCCAGAUGCUUUUGGAGACGAAUCGCACCACACAGUUCGCAGUACACACACUCAAAAUUAAUAAUAUAGAAUUUGCUGCGAAUGAAGCAAUUGGAGCGCCCGAAGAACCGAUAUUGAAUGAAGAUAUCGACGUAAAGUCAUUGAAUGAGACGCUUUGCUUCGAGGAAGACGAAACGAAGUGUAAACUCGAUUUGGGUGGUGACGAUGAGGAUGAAGAGGAUAUCACAUCUGGAAUUGUGCAAAUGGAAAUGCCCGAGAGGAGUGAAACUGAGGAGUCAGAAGAAGAAUUGGAAGAGGAAGAGGGUGGAAUAGAAGAUCUGGGUGAAUACGAAUCUUCUUCGAGCGGUGAUGGUCAUCGACAUGGCAAGGGUAGAAGAAAGAAAAGCAAAGGUCGUAAGCAUAAAGGUGGCGACGGCGGCGGGAAGGGAAAAAAGAAAGGCGGAAAAGGCAAAGGGAAGAAAGGCAAAGCAAAAGGCGAAAAAACAGACAAAUUAAAGAAGGGCAAAAAGAAGCGAAAAGAGAAGGGUGAUAAAUCAGAAAAAGGCAAGAAAGGAAAGAAGGACAAAGAUAAAGAAAAUAAAGAUAAGAAGAAAAAGGAUAAGAAAGAAAAGGAUGGUUCAGAUAAGAGAAAGUCCGAAAAGGAUAAAGACAGAAAAAAACGUGAAUCAGAAAAAGAAAAGUCGGAUAAGGAAAAGGCUGAACAGGACAGAAAAGAUAAGGAGAAGAUGGAUAAAGACAAAACCGAUAAGGAUAAAGAUAAGGACAAGGAUAAGGACAAAGACAAAGAUAAAGAUAAGGACAAAGACAAGGAUAAAGAUAAAGACAAACGCACUGAGAGUGAGGUUAAACGCACAGAUUCUACAAAAAAGGGUGAUGAUGAUGGGCGUAAACAAGGUGAUGACAGUCGUAUCGGUGGAGACCAGGAUAGUCGUUAUGGUAGGGAUGGACGAGAUGGACGAGAUGGGCAAGAUGACCGCAGUAGUCGCGAGGGUCGGGAUACUCGUAAGAAACAUGGUGAAGAUGAUCGUUCGACUUAUGGUCGUACCGAUUCAAGUUGUGGGGACGAUGGCAGAUAUGGAGAUGAUUACCCACCUCUCACGUGCAAACCCAACAGUUACCCAGGCUAUUCUUGCGUGGCUUACGAUAUGGCAGUUGUCGGCUCUGAGAGCGGCACUUAUGAGAGUAUCUGCAAACUUUUGCGCGCCGGUUUUAAAUGCGCCGACCGCAUACUCACAAUGACACCAUGGGGUAAUUAUGUGGUAUUUCGUGGACGCGCUUGUUAUGACAAAAUAUAUUUCCUAUUCGAUGGUUGUACAUGUAAUGUGAAUCGUUUCCGCCAUUUGGAUCUGAACUGUGGCACAGCCGGUUUGAUAUGCUUUGAGAAUAUGCAUGAUAUUAUUUGUUACAUACUCGACUCUCAGAAGAUACGCAGUAAUCUGAAGAAGAGUCGAAAGAAAUUGGUUGAUGAAAUUUGCCGGCAGUAUUGCUGAUUUAAAAAUUCUAAAAGACAAGAUUUACGAGAAUUUGAACAAAAAAAUAAAAAUAAGAACUAGUAUCUCUACAAGGUUUUCGAUAAAAUAUGUGUAUAUUUGUUUACUUUUCUAUCAAUGAAAUGUUUUGUAUUAAAGGAAAUAUAAAAAA